AUGAGCCCUGUCUCAAUGACACCAAAAUCUCCUAGUCUCGCCGGUUCUGGCGGUGAGCAUGGGCAGAGCCCAACUUCAUCUCCCGCACUCGGUGCAACGUCGGACAAUGCGUCCGCAGCACCGAGGGGUGUAUAUCAUAGGCUCGAUAAGCACAAACGUCGCGCUCCGCGCACGCCUUCAGCGCAAAGUGGCCUCGUUGAGGAUGUGGUCGGCAAUGAGUCUGACACUCCGUUUCCCGCAUGGGAUGACGAGGAAGGCGAGCUGCACCAGCGGCACGAUAUGAACCCUGCUCGUAUCUUGCGGAUUCCAUGUCCGUUCCCUGACUUCUCGUCAACCGAGGCACAUGGUGUGAUCACGAAUGACUGGGAACAUGGGCGGCAGCUUGAAGCUGCCCAUAAGGCGGCUCUAAACCGCGCCCAUCCACGGUCGGUCAUUGACCCACGUGUGGAAUAUGAUUUCCACCCUGCGGAUCCAGCUUUGGAAACGAAGGAUGCGGUAACUCGAUCAUUACGCGUCCACAUCAAUGGGUCCCCGGCUAGAACGGACGAUGAAGUUGCCACACGGAAAGCUCUUCGAGCUCGUUUCUUGGUCCCACAAGAAAUUCCGUUAGACGUUUAUCGCACUCGUCCAAGUGCUCAACGAGGUGGCUCUCGUGUACCCACAAUGCGGACAAUACCUGUAGUGCUCGCCCCUAACGAAAGCACUACAGAUGACGAAGCGCUCUUUGAGCGAUGGGUGUAA